AUGUCUGCGAUAUUACAAGACAUACAAAGGAAGUUAAUUUUACCAAUAGAUUUUCCCAGCCAACGGAAAACAGAAAAACUUCAACAUUUAACACUCACAAUUGGAGCAGUGGUAGCAUGCAUGUUAGGAUUUGCCCAACAGUCCCUUUACGUUCUGUUGAUCACAUAUGGCGCAAGUUGUGUGAUCACCCUGAUGUUUGUUUUGCCAGCUUACCCAUGGUACAAUAAACAAAAAUUGAGAUGGGCGCAGCCAAAAAUUGAGAUUAAUGUCGAUCAAUAUGACUAA